UUCCCCAUAAACCAUGUCCAGCUUACAAGAAUAUUGUGUCUCAUUGGCAAUAAUUAAUGUUGCUUGGGUGGUCUUUUUGCUAUCUUUCUGCAAAGCUGAUCAUGCAGCGUCAAACAGAGAAGCUGAAGCUUUAAUCAAGUGGAAAGAUAGCCUACCAAGCCAAUCAGUCUUCGACUCCUGGGUUUUUCCAACACAUACCAAUAGUUCUUCUUCUACUCCUCCAACUCCAAGUCCAUGCAAAUGGUAUGGAAUUACCUGUGAUAAUGCAGGAAGCGUAACCCAAAUAGAGCUGCCAGGCAGAGGCAUAAAUGGCACCCUCCAAAACUUUGAUUUCUCAUUCUUUCCCAACCUUGUUCGUCUUGAUCUUCAAAGUAACAAUUUCCAAGGCCCCAUACCAGCCAACAUCGGCAUGGUUUCCAAGCUCAAAUUGCUUGACCUUUCUACAAAUUCUCUCAAUGGCACUCUGCCUCUUUCCCUUGCAAAUCUCACUCAAGUUUCCGAGCUUGAUAUUUCCCGUAACGACAUAACGGGAAUCCUAGACGGCCGUUUAUUCCCUGGUGAUCAGUCAUCAACUCAAUCCAAAACCGGCCUUCUUAGUCUCAAAUAUCUACUAUUCCAAGAUACUCUGCUUGGAGGCCAAAUUCCCAAAGAAAUAGGAAACUUGAAAUUCCUGGUUACUCUGGUUCUAGACAGAAGUCAUUUCAAUGGUCCUAUACCUCCUUCUCUGGGUAAUUUGAGUCACUUGCAAGCUCUUCGCCUUUCUGAGAAUCAAAUGUCAGGGGAAAUCCCUGAAACAUUAGUAAAUCUGAGAAACUUAACCGAUUUGUGUCUAUUUGCCAACAAGUUUUCAGGCGUUGUACCUAGUGAACUGGGAAAAUUUUCAUCUUUCACUGUUCUGCAGCUGACUGGCAAUAACUUCACUGGGCAUCUACCUCCCCAUGUGUGUAGGGGUGGAAAGCUUGUCAACUUCACAGCAAAUUCCAACAAUUUCGCUGGUCCAAUCCCGACAAGCUUAAGAAACUGCACAACCUUAUAUCGUGUUAGGCUCGAACAUAACCAGCUAACGGGGUAUAUAGACCGAGACUUUGGUGUGUAUCCCAACCUCACUUAUAUCGAUUUGAGUUUCAACAGAUUGCGAGGCGAGCUCUCACCGAACUGGGGAGAAUGCCGGAGCUUAACGCUACUGAAAAUUGCAAGCAACAUGAUCAGUGGACAAGUCCCAAAUCAGAUUGUCCGGUUGAACCAACUGGUGGUGCUCGAUCUUUCUUCCAAUCAAAUUGCUGGUGAGAUACCAGCAGAUAUUCGGAAUUUAUCAAAGUUAUCCUUCCUUAGCCUGAAGGAUAACCAGCUUUCAGGUAGAGUACCUGAAGGAAUUGGGUCAUUAUCUAACAUGGAGUCCUUGGACCUAUCAAUGAACAUGUUAACUGGGCCAAUUCCAUCUCAGAUAGCGGAUUGCUCCAAGCUUAGAAGUUUGUGUUUGAGCAAGAACCAGCUGAGUGGUGGAAUCCCAUAUCAGAUUGGUAAUCUGGUUCAGUCGUUGCAAGUUUUACUAGAUUUGAGUCAUAAUUCAAUUAGCGGAGAUAUACCACCCCAGCUUGGGAGGCUUACAAGUCUAGAGAAUUUGAACCUCUCCCACAAUAAUCUCAUCGGUUCAAUCCCUGAUUCAUUCAAAUACAUGGUGAGCUUAUUGGAUAUCAACCUCUCAAACAACCUUUUGGAGGGUCCCGUUCCUGAUAUUAAAAUCUUUCAGUCAGCUGAGCCAGAAGCAUUGAGCAACAACAAAGCUUUAUGUGGAAAAAUCAAAGGUCUACUCCCUUGCAACGAAACAAAGCAAAGAGGUAGGAACAAUAAGAAACGCAAAAUUCUAAUUGUUGCUCUUUCUUCGUUGGGCAGUGCACUGUUCAUUUCUUUUGCACUUGUUGGGAUUUUGGUACUUAUUUGGAAGACAAAUCUAUCGACAAAUUCGCAUAAGGCAGAAAGCAUCCCAAACAGAGAGAAUCCAUUUUCACCAUGGUAUUUUAAUGGCAAAAUUCUGUACGAAGACAUAUUGAAGGCGACAAAGAAUUUCGACGACUCUUAUUGUAUCGGUGUGGGAGGGUUUGGGAAGGUAUACAGACUGGAUAUUCCGGGUUAUCAUGAUGUAUUGACAGUAAAGAAAUUGAAUUUUCAGGCCAGAGAUGAGUCAGAUAUGGAGAAUAUAAGACAUUUUGGGAACGAGGUGGCAACUUUGGCAGAGAUCAAGCAUAGAAACAUUGUGAAACUUUUCGGAUUCUGUUGUCGAGGAAUUCACACAUUUUUGGUAUGCGAGUUCAUGGAAAGAGGUAGUUUAGCGGAUAUACUGAAAAGCGAAGAGGUUGCAAAAGAGCUAGAUUGGGGGAAGAGGAUAAGAGUAGUUAAAGGAGUAGCACAAGCUUUAUGUUAUAUGCAUCAUGAUAUUGUGCCGCCUAUAAUUCAUAGAGACAUAUCCAGCAAAAAUGUUUUAUUAGACUCAGAGCUUGAAGCUCAUGUCUCAGAUUUUGGCACAGCAAGAUUUCUCAACCCUGAUUCCUCAAACUGGACUGGAGUUGCUGGCACCUAUGGUUACCUCGCCCCAGAGCUUGCUUAUACCAUGACAGUGACAGAAAAAUGUGACGUAUAUAGCUUUGGCGUUUUUGCUCUUGAAGUUCUGAUGGGAAAACACCCAGGGGAACUCAUUUCCAGUCUACAAUCAUAUGCUGUUGAAAGCAUAUUCCAACAUAAAGAUGUAUUGGAUCCUCGUCUCUCAUCUCCCAAAAAUCAAAACAUUGAAGAUAAAUUAGUCUUGGUUAUGAAGCUAGCUAUUGCAUGUUUAUCUGCUAAUCCACAAGCCCGUCCUACCAUGCGAAGCGUUUCUGAGCUACUUGAUGACUAGAAAAAUUUUAAUUAUCUCUUCCAUGCUUUAA